AUGGGUGGCAAAUUGGAGUCGUUCGAGGAUCACCAAACCAGACAAGGCCUUCUCUCUCGGAAAGGUUGCUCAGAUUUCGGCUUCAAUGACUCCAGCGUCAUCAUCGACGACCGUCGCUCCAAGUUCCGGUGUUUCCGCUUUUUCUCCGACGGGAUCGUCGCUUCCUGGAAAGCUCUCUACGACAUCGCCGCCAAAUUGUACGAGAUGGGCCGUUCCGAUCCCCGGAAACUUUAUUUCUCCGUCAAGAUGGGAAUGGCUCUCGCGCUCUGCUCCUUCGUCAUCUACCUCAAAGAGCCACUCCGUGACGCUAGCAAGUACGCCGUCUGGGCGAUCCUUACCGUCGUCGUCGUCUUCGAGUAUAGCAUAGGAGCAACAUUGGUUAAAGGUUUCAACAGAGCCAUAGGAACACUCUCAGCUGGAGGACUUGCUCUAGGCAUAGCUAGACUCUCUGUAGCAGCUGGAGAAUUCGAGGAAGAAAUCAUUAUUGUCAGUAUUUUCCUUGCAGGUUUUAGUGCAAGUUAUUUGAAACUCUACCCGGCGAUGAAGUCGUAUGAGUAUGCAUUCAGGGUGUUUUUGUUGACAUACUGCAUCGUUCUUGUGUCCGGAAACAACAGCAGGGAUUUUUUCAGCACUGCUUACUACAGGUUUUUGCUAAUCCUGGUCGGUGCAAGUAUCUGUUUAGGUGUCAACAUAUUUAUACUUCCGAUUUGGGCUGGAGAAGAUCUUCAUAAACUAGUGGUUAAGAAUUUCAAGAGUGUGGCCAAUUCCCUCGAAGGAUGUGUUAAUGGGUACUUGCAAUGUGUUGAAUACGAGAGGAUACCUUCAAAGAUUCUCACGUACCAAGCCUCGGAUGACCCAUUAUACAGUGGGUACAGGUCCGUAGUCCAAUCUACGAGCCAAGAAGAUACUCUGCAUGAUUUUGCAGUAUGGGAGCCUCCACAUGGACCUUACAGGACUUUCCACCAUCCUUGGGCAAACUAUGUCAAACUUAGUGGUGCGGUGAGGCAUUGCGCUUUCAUGGUCAUGGCAAUGCAUGGCUGUAUUCUUUCUGAAAUUCAGGCAGCUCCAGAGAAAAGACAGGCUUUCCGUCAAGAACUUCAGAGAGUUGGAAACGAAGGAGCCAAAGUCUUGAGGCUGUUUGGAGAAAAAGUGGAGAAAAUGGAGAAGCUAAACGCAGGGAACAUUCUGAAUGAAGUUCAACGAGCAGCAGAGGAACUGCAGAUGAAGAUAGACAGCAACUCUUUCCUUCUUGUCAACUCAGAAAGCUGGGCUGCUAUGAAAGAGAAAGCCGAUGCUGAAGAAGCGCAACAAAACUAUCACGAAGCCAAAGACGACGAGACCAAAGUGAUCCAAUCCCUCAGCCAGAUCUGGGACAGUAACAACAAUAGCAACCACCAUCAGAAUCCAAACGCUGGUAAUGACUCUCAGGUAUGGAUCUCUACAGAGAGUAUGAUGCUUAGGAACCGUGAACACUGGCCAAGCGUCUCCUUCAUAGGCGGUUCCAUGAUCAAUGAGAUUGAGUCUAAAGUAUACGAGAGCGCGAGUUCUCUGUCCCUGGCCACAUUUGCGUCUCUCUUGAUCGAGUUUGUUGCUAGGCUCCAGAAUGUUGUUAACGCAUUUGAGGAGCUUAGCACCAAAGCCGAUUUCAAGGAACCAGUUAGUGAGACACAGAACAAGGUAGAGAAAGCUGGUUUGUGGACCAGACUCAGCAGCUGCUUCCGCUCCAGAGAUUAG